GAGCUAAAUUUGGGAGUAGAGGUGAUCAGGUUGCCUCUCUGUGUGCACAUGAUACUGUCCUAGUUACUUGAGCAAUGUCCCUUCUCAUACUGUCACACUCUGAGCGAGUCCAGACCACUCAGUGAUCCUCUUCAGCAGUCGGAGCGGCGCUUCUCCUCACCAUCAGAAGUUAAGGACACUUUUACUUUGGGACUCUGGUUGGACUUAGUUUCUCCUGACUGGACUGAAUAUUUUGGCUUUUUUGCUGUGGGGCUCCGGUUCUUGUCCACUUCUUCUUCUCCUCCUCUCAGCUCCCCUGCUACAGCCUCUGGCGGGAGGAAGACGCUGCUGACCCGCCAUGUUUCUCGCACUAGUGGUGACACCAGAGCUGAGGCAGUUUCUGGCCAAAGCAAGAGGUGGAGCAGUGCGGCUCAUCAAGGUGCGCAUCCAAGACGAGCAGCUGGUGCUGGGGGCCUACAGAGAACCGGAACAGAGCUGGGACCAGGACUAUGACCACUUCCUGCUUCCUCUCCUGGACGACCAGGAGCCCUGCUACAUCCUGUACCGCCUCGACUCCCAGAAUGCACUGGGCUACGAGUGGAUCUUCAUUUCAUGGUCUCCUGACCAGUCUCCAGUCAAACAAAAGAUGCUGUAUGCUGCCACCCGCGCCACAGUGAAGAAAGAGUUUGGUGGUGGCCAUGUGAAGUACGAGAUGUUCGGCACAACUGAGGAGGACAUCUGUUUGCUGGGCUACCAGCGUCAUGUGUCAUCCUGCUCAGCUCCUGCCCCGCUCACAUUAGCUGAGCAAGAGCUCCAAAGGAUCAAAAUCUCUGAGGUGAAGGCAGAGAUCAGCGUGGAGAGUAAACACCAGACACUUCAGGGCCUCGCUUUCCCUCUGCAGGAGACGGCUAAAAGAGCUCUACAGCAACUAGCACAAAAACGCAUCAACUACAUACAACUGAGGCUGGAUGUAGAGAAGGAGACAAUUGAGCUGGUCCACGCUAAUCCAACAGAAACUCGAGAUUUGCCCCGCAGAGUUCCCAAAGACACUCCCAGAUACCACUUCUUCCUCUACAAACACUCCCACGAAGGAGACUACCUGGAAUCUGUCGUGUUCAUAUACUCCAUGCCAGGAUACAGCUGCAGCAUUAAGGAGCGAAUGCUGUAUUCCAGCUGCAAGAGUCGACUACUGGAGGAAGUGGAGAAAGAUUACCAUUUGGAAAUUGCUAAAAAGUUGGAGAUUGACGAUGGAGAUGAACUGACAGAAGAUUUCCUGUACGAUGAGGUCCAUCCCAAGCAGCACGCCCACAAACAGGCCUUCGCUAAGCCCCGGGGCCCUGCAGGAAAAAGAGGACACAAGCGCCUUAUCAAGGGGACAGGAGAGGCCAUACAGCACAGCUAGAGGUGGACAAAAAUUCUCCUACAGUUGUGUCUGCAGUUUUAUGGCCUUCCUCCCCAUUUCUCCAAACCCACCAUCACCUCAUUAGGUCCAGAGGAACGAGGCUUUUCCUCUGCUCCUGAAACAUUUGUGAUAUAUAACAAAUGUGUUCAUAAAUGAUCUUCAGUCUGUCUCUCUUGGUGAGUUUUUGGCAAUGUUUCACAGACAAAGCAGGCAAUUAAAUAUGAAGGCAUUUAUAAAGGAAUCAGGCUGAAGCACAGACAGAUGGCCUUGUUAUUGUUAUAAAGAGAAUCUAUUCUUCCAUUGUAUAAAAUAAAUCUGCAGUUUACAAUACAGUAGACUAGUACUGAAGUGUAAAUUCAUAGUCAAAUGUUUCAGUCCUUCACAUCUAGCGUCUAGUGCAGGUUUUGUAUCAGCAAUGUUUGUAUGAAAGACAAAAAAAAAGAACAAUAUCAAAGGAAAUUCCGAAUAAAAUUGUGUUUAUACUGUGGAA